GGAGGAGACAGAGGAGGGGGAGGGACCUCCCCAGCCCAGAGCUCUGAGUGGUUUCCUGUUGCCCAGCUCUAAAUCCCUCCACAUUCCCGCAGACUUUCAGACUGUCGGAGCGCACUCAGCCUGCUGCCUGCCUGCCACUGAGGGUUCCCGGCACCAUGAAGGCGUGGAUCUUCUUUCUGCUUUGCCUGGCCGGCAGGGCCUUGGCGGCCCCUCAGCAGCAGGAAGCCCUGCCUGAUGAGACAGAGGUGGUGGAGGAAACAGUGGCUGAGGUGUCCGAGGUCCCCGUGGGAAUCAACCCCGUCCAGGUGGAAGUAGGAGAAUUUGAGGAAGGUGCUGAGGAAGCUGAGGAGGAGGUGGUGGCUGAAAACCCCUGCCAGAAUCACCACUGCAAGCACGGCAAGGUGUGUGAGCUGGACGAGAGCAACACCCCCAUGUGCGUGUGCCAGGACCCCACCAGCUGCCCCGCCCCCAUUGGCGAGUUUGAAAAGGUGUGCAGCAACGACAACAAGACCUUCGACUCUUCCUGCCACUUCUUUGCCACCAAGUGCACCCUGGAGGGCACCAAGAAGGGCCACAAACUCCACCUGGACUACAUUGGACCCUGCAAAUACAUCGCCCCCUGCCUGGACUCUGAGCUGACCGAAUUCCCCCUGCGCAUGCGGGACUGGCUCAAGAAUGUCCUGGUCACACUGUACGAGAGGGAUGAGGACAACAACCUCCUGACCGAGAAGCAGAAGCUGCGGGUGAAGAAGAUCCACGAGAAUGAGAAGCGCCUGGAAGCUGGAGACCACCCCGUGGAGCUGCUGGCCCGGGACUUCGAGAAGAACUACAACAUGUACAUCUUCCCUGUGCACUGGCAGUUCGGCCAGCUGGACCAGCACCCCAUUGACGGGUACCUGUCCCACACCGAGCUGGCCCCGCUGCGUGCACCCCUCAUCCCCAUGGAGCACUGCACCACCCGCUUUUUCGAGACCUGUGACCUGGACAACGACAAGUACAUCGCUCUGGACGAGUGGGCCCGCUGCUUCGGCAUCAAGGAGAAGGAUAUCGACAAGGAUCUGGUGAUCUAAGUCCACACCUCCUCCCGCAGGACCAGAUCCUCUCUCUUUAACCUUCCCCUCCCCUUUUCCCCCAAAGUUUAAAAUGUUUGGAUGGUUUAUUGUUCUGCCUGGGGACAAGGUGCUAAUAUAGACGUAACUGAACACAUUAACGGUGCUAAAAAUGGAAGUUGUAACCCAAAUCAUGACAUUCUUAGCGGUAACUCUGCCUCUUGCUCACCCACUAACGAUCCCGUUUUUCUCUGCCCGUUGUCUUAGUGGCAAAAGGGUGGGGACUUUUUUUGUUCACAUCUGCCUUCAACACAUAUUGCAUCUUCAGAUUUGCUCUUGAGUUCUCUGUUCAAACUCAUGCUCACCAAUCAGAUUCUGUGUUAAUUUUAUUUCAGGGUGUUGGCUGCCGGUGGGGUGGGCGGGGUCUUCCCCGCUGGCCUGAAGGUGGCAAAGGGAAGUAACAGACACAUGGCGUUGGCAGGAAUGUUUCUGGGACUGGAGGACCAGGGGUGGGGGAAGUCCUGGAAACCCACCUAUGGAACAGCAGAUAACUGGUCUUGCUUGCCCGGGGCUGUGCAGGGAGAGCCCAGGGCUGUGUUUGAAAGCAUGUAAGCUCUCACUCAAACCCAGCUCCUCACCACUCCCCUUAUAUUUCGGUGCCAUUUCAUAGGAUGCUGUUCAGCCAGGAAAGCCAAGAUCAGGAGUGAAGUGUAGAAAGUUGGAAAAUAGAAAAAGUGGAGUUAGUGAAUUGGUUUUGUUUUCUGAGUUUAAAAAAAAAAAAUUUUUUUUUAUCCCUUUUCAUUUUUUGGAUGAGGGGUCUUUCCCUUGGUUCCUAGCAUGUUUCUCCUUUUCUCCCCUCCCCCGUUUCCCAUCUACUAACCAAGAGAAACUUCAAGGUCAAUAGGAUGGCCAGAUCUCACAGGCUGAGAACUCCACCUCCAAGCAUUUCAUGAAAAAGCUGCUUCUUAUUAAUCAUGCAGACUCUUGCCGCGAUGCGGGGAGUUUGACAAAUCUUCCAAAAUAAAAGUAACGACUUAGAAACUGC